AUGGUAUUCUGGGCCAGCGACAUCUUUACGUCGAGGAGGACGAGUAUGGCUACUAUCUGGUUGGCAGCAACUCUUGGACCUCGUGGAUCACUCAAGAGGCUGACCAAGAAGGAUUACAAUGCUGUAGAGAUUCCUAAAGCUUGUGAAUUUCUGGAUACGCCUCCUGAACCUCUUGCCCUGCGCAUGACGUACGUUUCUGGGGUAUUAUUCCGUUUGAAAGCUGUGUUUUACUCUAGUCAAACUAGAUCAAAUCUCUUGGUCGGCGUAGCUCGAGUGUAUUCUCAACAGUGGCAGUUUUAUCUUGCUGAUGUCAAUCAUGUGUUUCUGGCUAUACGCAAAGCAUACGGAUCCAAGAGCGUCAAAGAAGUGAAUAUUGACAUGCCUAUCGCUGAAGCAAGACCUGAGAACAUAACAGUGCCCAUCAACCCUGAUGCGUUCGGACCAGGAGGACCGUUUGACCUGAAUAGAGAACAAGGCAUGGAUUGGCUUUGGAAUGAAGAUCUUGAACAUGCUGGACCUUUAUCACUUCUAGGAUCCCAGUCUACUCUUCAUGAAGGUGAGAAAAGAGCAACUGGAAAAUCACCUAGCUCUGUCACCGGAGAUCCACAAUCUGCUAAGAGGAGUCGUGUGGUAAAAUCUGUUGCAAAGGACUCCAUCACGUUGAAAGAACGAAGUCUGUUAGAUGAUACUCCUGAUGCAUGGAGUCGUCAUCCAGGGCAAGUUGAUCAGUUCUUUGAUGAUAGUAGUAUGGAUAUUGGCCUUGAUCUUGGUUUUCCAGACGAUGCACUUCUACAAAGUCGUGCAACUUCAAUCUUGGGUCGUGAUUCAGACAUGGCAGAUGAAGUUCGUCGAGAUCAUGCGGAAGCUGCCAAACCUAAACGCAAACGUGAGCUUCGCAAGAUUGUCAAUGAAGACGAAGAAUAUGAAGACGAACAGCUACAAUGUCAUGCUUCAAAUCAAGUCAUGGAAGAUGACUAUCUAGCCAUGGAUCAAGAUGAUGGAAAUCAGCCCAUGAACUUUCUUGGCUCACCACCAAACCAACCUUCAUCACAUGCAUCUCAUCAAGAAUGGUGCAAUGAAAGAGAAGGAGACCAACCACAAGAUGACUCUCCCUUCUUUUUCGAAGAAGCUGCUAAUACCGACAAAAAUAAGAAGAAAAAGCAUACCAAGACGAAGGGUAAAACAACUCGUCGUCGCUACGAGGAUGAUGAAACCUAUGGAGAAGUAGACCAACUAUCACAAGAAACAAGGAAACGCCAAAACAAUAAAAAGAAAAGCCUUUUGAUUGAUGAACGUAUUGCAUUGACUGAUCAAGAAAUGAGAGUUAUGAUUCAGUCUUCUAAUGUUGCAGAAACUGAGGAAUGGAAUCAGCUGCAACAACGAGAACGAGACGAAGUCCAGCGUAAGCUCGUUCACAAAAUGUUGACAAAGCCAAUUCUCAUGUUGGCUCCACAACUUAUUGACUUUUAUCAACUAAUCAAUCGUCGUCGACGAUGGGGUGUCAUCCCAACUCAAUUUCCUCCUCAAGCACUCUUGGAAACACGUCCUGCUACACACUUCUCAAGCGAACAAGGAAACGGCUCUGCUUCUAAUUCGGAAUAUCGAUCUGACGCUGGAGGUGGUGACUAUUCGAUGCCUGACGCUCAAGACUAUGAACAUGGUGAUCAAUUAUUUGCUGAAAGUGAGGACCCAGAAAUGGAAAUGGGUCGUGAGCGUCCACCAACUCCUCAGUCUGGACGAGUUGAUGCCUUCUCUUGGCAACAGCAACAACAAGGACUAGCAAACUCUCGUGUUGGAUCAGGCGCAGGAUCAUCUGUAACAGGUAUUGGUGGUGGUGGUGGUGGUGGUGGCAACUUGAUGGGUGGAUUUGGUGGUGCCACUGGCGCUGGACAGCCAUCUGCAUCGUUCAACACAUUGGAAGAGACGCCUGAACGAUUUGGUAGUCGUCGAAAGAGCUCUGGCGUAUUCCCUCCCUUCCACGAUCGUUUCUCACCUUUGGGUGAUUUGCCUAUGGGCGAUGAUGAUGCUGGUGGGAUCUUCUUUCCAGUUGAUGAAACAUCCAAGGAUGGUGAAACAGACGGUCAUCAAUUCAAAGGGAAUGCUGUGUUGGAAAAGGAUAGUGAAGCCUUCUUGAGUUAUGCACUUGGAAUCAUGAAAGGUGCUCAAACAGACCAUGUUUUUUUCUUUGAUCUGGUUCCAAAACAAAUUUCUUCUCGUGCUGCUGCUUCUCGUGCCUUCUACCAUGUUCUCACGUUGGCCAAUCGAAACAUUGUCAGUGCUUCUCAAGAGGAGGCUUAUGCUGAUAUUCGUGUCGAUAAGAUUUAA